GCUGGUUGCCACCCACCAGCUCAGGCUGCCCAGGGCCCAUCCAACCUAAGCAUCUCCAGGGCUGGGGCACAUAUCACCUUGAUGUCUUUCCCACAGAUAUGGGCACGUGAGUAUUAGGUCUCCCCACAGCCAUCUCUUCUCCAAGCAGAAGCAACUCUAUGUUCUCUGCCUCUUCUCACAAAGUGCUGCAGCCUUGAUUUUCCUGGGACCCUCUCGUAACUGCAGUCUAAAGUUAGGAACCAAGGUCCUUCUGGCACAGAGCGGUUAGGGGCAAAGCCAGGCACAGCAUUCCAGCUUGAACCUUAGAAUUACGAAGUAUAGGAGUGCAAUCACUGCCCUCCAACUACUGGCUGUGCUCCUGUUAGAUCAGCUCAAGAUGCUCAUAGCAUUUUUUUCAGGAAACCAUCCAGAAACAAUGCAUUCAGGAUAAGCACUAAUCAACACCAGUUGCAGUUUGUUUUCUUCCUGAGCAAUGUUUCCCGUAAACCAGCGGGUUUUGCCAAACAGUGUUUGAAACAAGUAGCUGAAAUGCCAAACCUCCUUAAAGAGCACCUGCGUUACUUCAGUUCCAGAAGUUACACCGAGGGAGCUAUUACCACUUUAAAUUUCAAGCCGUGCAAGGCCUUCUAGAAAUACUCAGGGUUUUUUUAGUGUUUGCCCUCGCGCUCCGCCACCAGCGCCGAGCUCGGGUCAGCGGCGGGCCGAGGCCGCUCCGCUGGGGAGCCGCGGGCGGGGCCGUGACGCACGCCGGGCUCCGCACACGCGUGGCCGUGCCCCUUCCCGGCCGCGCCGGUCUCUGCUCUGCUCGGGGGCGGCGGCGCUUCCCGGCCGCACCCGCCCCGCUGGGCUAAGAGCCGCGCUGAGCGCUGCGGCAGUGCGGAGCGCUCUCCAGGUGCUGCUGGGGCGUUUGCUCGCCGCGUAGGAUUUCCCCCGGGUGCUUCUGAAGAACGGUUACAAGCAGAUCCAUAGCAAUGCAAGCUAAUAACCCGGCACCAGCACCUGGAUUCUCCAAUACUGGCUAUGCACCAGGAAACCAGGCCCCAUAUGGCCACCCGCAGUAUGCAGCUGGGAACUUCUACGGCACUACUCCAGCAGGGCCCUAUGCUUACCAGGUACAGCCCAUGGGAAACCCAUCCGGAGCUGCUGUUCCACCCAUCCAGAACCAGCCUCCUGGGGCCAUCUGGAUGCCCAUCCCUCCUCCUAUUCCCAACUGCCCUCCUGGACUGGAAUAUCUCACGCAGAUUGACCAGAUAUUAAUUCAUCAGCAAAUUGAACUUCUUGAGAUUUUUAUUGGAUUGGAAUCAAAUAACAAAUAUGAAAUCAAGAAUUCACUGGGACAAAGGGUGUACUUUGCAGCAGAGGACACUGACUGCUGCACAAGGAACUGCUGUGGGCCAGCACGACCUUUCACCAUCAAGAUUAUGGACAAUCUGGGUCAUGAGGUGAUAAGGCUGGAGAGACCCCUCAGGUGUUCGUCAUGUCUUUUCCCCUGCUGCUUACAGGAGAUAGAAAUUCAAGCACCUCCAGGAACACCAGUAGGUUAUGUUGUCCAGAACUGGCAUCCCUGCUUGCCCAAGUUUACUAUUCAGGAUGAGAAAAAAAUGGAUGUACUGAAAAUUAGUGGCCCUUGUGUCGUCUGCAGCUGUUGUGAGGAUGUUAAUUUUGAGGUGAAGUCUUUGGAUGAGGUUUCUAAUGUUGGGAGGAUUUCUAAGCAGUGGUCUGGUUUUUUGAAAGAAGCAUUUACAGAUACUGAUAACUUUGGAGUCUCAUUUCCAAUGGACCUUGAUGUAAAAAUGAAAGCUGUCAUGCUCGGCGCUUGCUUCCUUAUCGAUUUCAUGUUUUUUGAGAGUAUUGGUGACAGCCAACAGCGAGCAGGAGUGUGGCAGUGAAAUCUAGAACUUUGUAUUUAGAAGGAAGAAAACAAACCACCCACUUCCCAGUGGAUUACAGAGCUCCAGUGAGAAUGUGAGAAGUGGAAGAAGUGGACCUCUUACACUUGUAAUUAUAUUUCUAUAAACUAAAGGCUUUAUUGUCUAGCUUCUGGUUCUGUAAUCUAAUGACACUGUUGUAUUCAAAUAAGCACCUUUUAUCUGUACAGAUCAAUUCUGUAAUGUAUAGAAAUAUAUAGCAGCCUUUUUUCCAAUAAAUUUGGAAUUGUUGUAUUAAAAACUUAAUUCUUAAAAAAAGAGAUCUAUUUCUUUGUUCAGUAAUAAUAUAAUAGCAGUCAGCCUAAUAAAGAGGUUCUGAUUGUUUCCUGUGUAU